UCAUUAGUUUCAUCACCAUGUUCUCCAAAGUAACUUCCCUGGUUCUGGUUGCGACCUUCUCCGUGGCGUUGGUGUCCUGCAACCCAACUCCACAAAGCGAAGACAGCAUCACUUACGGAGCGGAAGUCAACGGUCAGGACGUUCAGCGAGCGGCCUUUGCAAACCAACAACGUUACGUGGUCUUCAACAACAAACGAUCGACGUUCUUCGAGGCAUGGCGCGCCUGUAUGUCCUUGGGACUUCGGCUGGCCACGGUCAACAGUGCCCAGGACGAUGCGGCUCUUCUGGUGGCCCUUCGUGACGCAGGAACUCACCACAAGGGGCCGUGGUUCAUCGCUGGAACGGAUUUGGGCAAGGAGGGAAGCUUCGUUUGGUUGACCACAAACCGGGAGGUCGGCUAUGGAUCGGGAUACGUCAACUGGCAGACCGGGGAACCGAAUAACGCUGGUGGAAAUGAGCACUGCAUCGAAGUUGGACACUUUGAUAAUACUCUGUGGAAUGACAAGAACUGUAACGAGCAGCGUGCGUUCGUUUGUGAAAGAGUUCAAUAAGUUUCAUUUAUUUUUCUAGAUGCGAUCAAUAAAAAAUACUUCGACAAUUUGAAAAAGGGUUUUGAUG